AUGGAGCAAAAUACUAAUUGUAAGCCUAAUGAACUUGGUGGAGCCUCCGAUGCAAAUAAUGCUAAUGAUUGGAGAUCAGAGCCUCAAUUACGGAAAGUGUGUCUUUCGAAGAUAGUUGAUAUUUUGAUGGAAUUUUUUCCUAUGAGAGGUGACGUUAGCGACGUUGCUUCCAAAAUUGAGGAGAAUAUUUAUAACAUUGCCGUAGAUAAGAGUGAUUAUAUUCGGAAACUCAAAGAGAAGAUGCAUGCAAUAAAAACUGCCUUGGAAACAAAUAAAUUACUUACUCGAGUAGGUAUGAAUCAAGCGCAAUCACUUCCGACCUCCUUGCCGUAUACGCAAACUCCAACAAGCCAAAGAGGGUUACCGCAAAACACACCGAGCAAUCUCAACGUUCGGGUCGUCUCGUUUGCCAACUCAGGCCCCUCUAACCGCUUCGAUGGCCCAAAACCAUCUCAAGAUUCAGUGAAUGCCACUAGUGACUGGCAGGAGGAGACCUAUCAGAAGAUGAUAGCUAUGAAAGAGAUGCAUCUACCAAUUUUGAGUAAAAUACUCCAUAGACUCAAGGAGAAAUUAUGGCAGAUUGAAACUCUUCCGCCAGAAAAUUUGGUAUCCGAGCCAGUUGAAAAGCUAAAGGUGUUCAAAUCGUCAGUUGAACAAGCUAUGGUUUUCUUAAAUGUUCAAAGGAGCAGUAUAACAGAGAAGCACAAAGACAAGUUUGAUCUGUACAAGGAACACAUAUUGAAGUUGACCAAGAAUCACACCAUGCUUCGGAGGCCAAUGCAGCAACAACAAGGACAUUUUCCACCUUCUCAGAUCCAUCAAACAACAUUGCAACCCCAAAGUCCUCAAGUCCAUAUGUCACAGUCUCAUGAAAAGGAUCCAAUGAAGUCACAGUUGAUGUCAAGUAACCAAAAUGGAGCCUCGUCUUCAGUAUCUGGCCCUAGGUCGACAUCACACACAGAUUUAUUGCAGACAAGGCCCAAGUUGGAACCAAGAGAAGAGAGAAACAUGAUGGCCUCCUCAGGAAAUGUCAUGUUACCUUCUCUUCAACAAAAUCCUGCAAGUACUCUGCAGACCGUACACUCGAAUAUUACUUCGGCCCAGCCUAGUAGUAUGUUUCAGCCAAAGCAGCAGAAACAAUUCCAUCAUCGCCAGACACAACAGCCGCUAUUUCAUAGGCAGCAACAGCAACAACCGCAGCAAGAGAAUCAACAACUUCAAACACAUAAUUCACAUCAGAUGACGAAUGAGAUGAAUGAUGUGAGGAUGAGUCAUGGGGUCAACAUCAAAGCGCAGUUGCUUCAUCAACACCUUUCAUCGACUCAGCACCAACUUACAAAUCCAGUGUCUUAUGUUUCACCAUCAGCUUCAUCCCCUCAAAUACAACACCACUCUUCUCCUCAGUUACUGGACCAACAGAUUCUUCCCGCAACAGUUAAUCAAACCGGAACCUCAUUGAUUUCUGGUUGCUCGCCUUUUGUUUCCCCAUCUGUUGAGUCUCCAGUUUCACAUGCUCAAUCUCACGAUUCUUCUGUCAAACUUGGCACACAAGCAACAACAGAGCGACCUAUUGAUCGACUAGUAAAAGCGUUUCAAUCAGCCUCACCAAGAUCCUUGGAACAAUCUGUAAGUGAGAUUAGCUCGAUCAUUGGUAUGGUCGACAGGAUUGCAGGAUCGUACCACCCCAGUGGAAGAUCUCAAGCUGGUUUAGGCGAGGAUUUAAGUUUUCAAACAAGAAACUUAACGACACACGAAGAAGAAAAUCCAAAUAAGAGAUUGAAGCGCUUAAUGAGCACACUACCUCGAGAUAUGGUAUCACAAACUGAUAGUUAUAAUCAGUUUAGUAGCCUUGAAUCUGAAAUUGAUUCCACAUCAUCAUCUUGCUCGAGAGAUAACAAGAAUGAGCCUGGUUGUGCCCUCUUGCAAGAAAUCAGAGAAAUAAAUGGGAGACUUGUAGAGACAGUGGUAGAAAUAUGCGAUGAAGAUACUUGUGGAACAAUCGUCACAUGUUCUUAUGCUCCUGUGGGUCUCAGUUCCACAUUCAAAGAUCAUUACAAGUCAGGAAAAAUCUCACAAAUUCAACCUCUACGCUUGCUAGUUCCAGCGAACUACCCAUACAAUUCUCCGAUACUUCUCGAGGACAUCACCUUUGAUACAAGUUUACACAAAUAUGAGGAUUUAUCCGCAAGAACCAGAUCGAGGUUCAANGUAGCCAAGGAUACGACUCAAAGGUGGAAUGAUUGUGCGAGAGCGACAAUGGUUGAGUAUGCUGAGCGGCAUGGUGGAGGCACUUUCAGCUCCAAGUACGGUUCUUGGGAAAAUGUUCUAAGAGCUUCAUGAGGGACAAAUGGUUCUUUUUUUGUGUUCUCACUCGCUCGCUCACCGUUCCGGAGAAGGUCUAUAGACAUACA